GGUACGCACGGCCUCCCGGGAGUUGUAGUUCUCGCGGCUCGGCCACGGAGCUCGAGGAGGACCGGUGGUCGAGGUCCGGGGCCGCGGCUGCGCUGGAUCGCAGCCGCUGGCGCAAUGUCUCGCGUAUCAGUUCCCUGCCAUGUGAAAGGUACUGUGGCCCUGCAGGUGGGUGAUGUGCGGACCAACCACGGCCGGCCUGGUGUGGUGGUUAUCGAUGUCACCUUUCCCAGCGCCGCGCCCUUCGAGUUACAGGAGAUCAUGUUUAAGAACUACUACACAGCCUUUUUGAGCAUCCGUGUGCGCCAGCACACCACAAACACCACGAUGCACACACCAGCCAAGUGGGUGACCUGCCUGCGGGACUAUUGCCUGAUGCCUGACCCACACAGUGAGGAGGGGGCCCAGGAGUAUGUAUCACUGUUCAAACACCAGAUGCUGUGCGACAUGGCCAGAGUAUUGGAACUUCGCCUGAUUCUGCGGCAGCCAUCGCCCCUGUGGCUGUCUUUUACAGUGGAAGAGCUGCAGAUCUACCAGCAGGGACCAAAGAGCCCCUCCAUGGCCUUCCCCAAGUGGCUCUCCAAUCCAGUACCCUCUGAGCAGCCUGCCCCCCUCCUUGAGGGUCUCCCAGACCCUGGCAGGGUAUCCUCCGAGGUGCAGCAGAUGUGGGCGCUGACAGAGAUGAUCCGGGCCAGUCAAACCUCCACGCGGAUCGGCCGUUUUGACGUGGAUGGCUGUUAUGACCUGAACUUGCUCUCCUACACCUGAGCUGUGGCUCCUAGCCAAGACUUUGGCCUUUCCAUGCCCACGCAGGCCUGGUUCAGGCUGAAGUGUGUUCCUUGUGCAUUCUGAGUGCUGCCUGCAUGCCU